CCUGGGGCGCGCGCAACAGGCGGCCCGAGUCAGCGGGAAGCUGGAGCGCCGGCGGCGUAGGCCUCGGAGGGGUGUGGAGAGGCGAGGCCAGGCAGAGCCCCGCGCAGCCAUGGAGUCUCUCCUGCUGCCCGUGCUGCUGCUGUUGGCCGUACUGUGGACACAAGCAGCCGCCCUCAUUAACCUCAAGUACUCGGUAGAAGAGGAACAGCGCGCCGGGACGGUAAUCGCCAACGUGGCCAAGGACGCUCGUGAGGCGGGUUUCGCUCUGGAUCCACGGCAGGCCUCUGCCUUUCGUGUGGUGUCCAACUCAGCUCCGCACCUGGUGGAUAUUAACCCCAGUUCGGGCCUGCUUGUCACCAAGCAGAAGAUCGACCGCGACCUGCUGUGCCGCCAGAGCCCCAAGUGCAUCAUAUCGCUUGAGGUCAUGUCCAGCUCAAUGGAGAUAUGUGUGAUUAAGGUGGAGAUCAAGGAUCUGAACGACAAUGCGCCCAGCUUUCCGGCGGCACAAAUUGAGCUGGAGAUCUCAGAGGCAGCUAGUCCGGGCACGCGCAUCCCGCUGGACAGCGCCUAUGACCCGGACUCCGGCAGCUUUGGCGUUCAGACGUAUGAGCUCACGCCUAAUGAGCUGUUUGGCCUGGAGAUCAAGACGCGUGGCGAUGGCUCACGAUUUGCGGAACUUGUAGUGGAGAAGAGUCUGGAUCGAGAGACGCAGUCGCACUACAGCUUUCACAUCACUGCGCUCGACGGCGGCGACCCACCGCACCUGGGCACUGUUGGCCUCAGCAUCAAGGUGACCGAUUCCAAUGACAACAACCCGGUGUUUGGCGAGUCCACCUAUGCAGUGAGCGUGCCAGAGAACUCACCUCCCAGUACACCGGUCAUCCGUCUCAAUGCCAGCGACCCAGACGAAGGCACCAAUGGACAGGUGGUCUACUCCUUCUACGGCUAUGUCAAUGACCGCACGCGCGAGCUUUUCCAGAUCGAUCCGCACAGUGGCCUGGUCACAGUCACUGGUGCCCUAGACUAUGAAGAGGGCCACGUGUACGAACUGGACGUGCAGGCCAAGGACUUAGGACCCAACUCCAUCCCGGCACACUGCAAGGUGACCGUCAGCGUUCUGGACACCAAUGACAACCCACCGGUCAUCAACCUGCUGUCAGUUAACAGCGAGCUGGUGGAGGUGAGCGAGAGUGCCCCUCCAGGCUACGUGAUUGCGCUGGUGCGGGUGUCUGAUCGGGACUCUGGCCUCAAUGGGCGCGUGCAGUGCCGUUUGCUGGGCAACGUGCCCUUUCGGCUUCAGGAGUAUGAGAGCUUCUCUACUAUCCUGGUGGACGGACGGCUGGACCGUGAGCAGCAUGACCAGUACAACCUCACGAUCCAGGCGCGUGAUGGCGGUGUGCCCAUGCUGCAGAGUGCUAAGUCCUUUACAGUUCGAAUAACUGACGAGAAUGACAACCACCCGCACUUCUCCAAGCCCUACUACCAGGUCAUUGUGCAGGAGAACAACACGCCCGGUGCCUACCUGCUUUCUGUGUCUGCCCGAGACCCUGACCUGGGUCUCAAUGGCAGUGUCUCCUACCAGAUCGUGCCAUCGCAGGUGCGGGACAUGCCUGUCUUCACCUAUGUCUCUAUCAACCCCAACUCCGGUGACAUCUACGCGCUUCGAUCCUUCAACCACGAGCAGACCAAGACAUUCGAAUUCAAGGUGCUGGCCAAGGAUGGCGGCCUGCCCUCGCUGCAGAGCAACGCCACCGUUCGGGUCAUCAUCCUCGACGUCAAUGAUAAUACUCCGGUCAUCACGGCCCCACCCCUGAUCAAUGGCACUGCAGAGGUCUACAUCCCCCGCAACUCUGGCAUAGGCUACCUGGUGACGGUCGUCAAAGCAGACGACUAUGAUGAGGGCGAGAACGGCCGGGUCACCUACGACAUGACCGAGGGCGACCGUGGCUUCUUUGAAAUAGAUCAGGUCAGUGGAGAAGUCAGAACCACUCGCACCUUUAGUGAGAGCUCAAAGGCUUCUUAUGAGCUUAUUGUGGUGGCCCACGACCAUGGCAAGACGUCUCUCUCCGCCUCUGCACUCCUAUUAAUCUACCUGUCCCCUGCUCUUGAUGCCCAAGAGUCAAUGGGCUCGGUGAACUUGUCCCUCAUUUUUAUUAUUGCCCUGGGCUCCAUUGCGGGCAUCCUCUUUGUCACUAUGAUCUUCGUGGCGAUCAAGUGCAAGCGAGACAACAAAGAGAUCCGGACCUACAACUGCAGAAUCGCUGAGUACUCCUAUGGGCAUCAAAAGAAAUCAAGCAAGAAGAAAAAAAUCAGUAAGAAUGACAUUCGUCUGGUACCCCGGGAUGUGGAGGAGACAGACAAAAUGAAUGUUGUCAGUUGCUCCUCCCUGACCUCUUCCCUCAACUAUUUCGACUACCACCAGCAGACACUGCCCCUGGGCUGCCGCCGCUCUGAGAGUACUUUCCUGAAUGUGGAGAACCAGAAUACCCGCAAUACCAGCACCAACCACAUCUAUCAUCACUCUUUCAACAGCCAAGGUCCCCAGCAGCCAGACUUGAUCAUCAAUGGUGUGCCUCUGCCUGAGACUGAAAACUAUUCCUUUGACUCCAACUAUGUGAACAGCCGAGCCCAUUUAAUCAAAAGCAGCUCCACCUUCAAGGACUUAGAGGGCAACAGUCUGAAGGAUAGUGGUCAUGAAGAGAGCGACCAGACUGACAGUGAACAUGAUGUCCAGCGGAGCCUAUACUGUGAUACUGCUGUCAAUGAUGUGCUGAACACCAGUGUGACGUCCAUGGGAUCUCAGAUGCUUGACCAUGAUCAGAAUGAAGGAUUUCAUUGCAGGGAAGAAUGCAGGAUUCUUGGCCACUCUGACAGGUGCUGGAUGCCCCGGAACCCCAUGCCCACCAGGUCCAAGUCCCCUGAGAAUGUGAGGAAUGUCAUAGCUCUGUCCAUUGAAGCUACUGCUGCUGAUGUUGAGGCUUAUGACGACUGCGGCCCCACCAAGCGGACUUUUGCAACCUUUGGAAAAGAUGUCAGUGACCACCCAGCUGAGGAGAGGCCCACCCUGAAAGGCAGAAAAACUGUUGAUGUGACCAUCUGCAGCCCCAAGGUCAACGGCGCUAUUCGGGAGGCGGGCAAUGGUUGUGAGGCUAUUAGCCCUGUCACCUCCCCCCUACACCUCAAGAGCCCUCUGCCCACCAAGCCCUCCAUGUCUUACACCCUGGCGCCCCCGGGCCAUGAUCUGGAGCAGUAUGUCAACAAUGGCCCUUCUCGUCCCUCUGAAGCUGAGCCCCGUGGAGCCGACAGCGAGAAAGUCAUCCAUGAGGUCAACCCCACUCUGAAGGAGGGUCGCGACAAAGAAUCUCCUGGUAUGAAGCGUCUCAAGGAUAUCAUUCUCUAAAGCAGUCUAGGGGAAGAAGAGAGAGAAUCCAUACUGGUUAUUGAAGAAGAAGGAGCUGAUUGUUUUAAUUGCUCACUAAUGGUUGGUUCUUGAGUGGCUGUGAUUUCAGAGCUUUCCCUAAAUGUAUUGUUUAUAAGUGACUAUCAUUCUUUGACAAUCCCUCUUGUUUCAACAAGCAGCAGGGGUGUUCAGUUGGAGCAAAUUAGCUUUGGUUUGAGUUGUUCAUGGGGCCUUGAUGUUGGGGAAACAGAGACAAAUUCAGUUGUGAAAAGUAUUAUGUAUUAAGUGUUUGAAUUUGUAUAUUUUUCUGUCAAAAUCAUAAUAUAAAUUACCAUUGUUUGUGGAGGAUUACAUUUAAAAAAGCAAAAAAAAAAAAAAGAAAAAAGAAAGCUCUGAACAUCUUUAAUAAGCUUGCCACUGUUUUGUAGUGUAGACAAGUUAAUGGUCAUUUAUUGUGUACUAUUCCUUGAUUCAGUGAUGUGAAAUUGAGUCCCCAAAAGGUUGUUUCUGAAGCUUGAGUACUUUCCAGUUACGCUACUUUGCUAUGGA